AUGAUCAUCGUCACAGUCAAUAUCGGCUGGUGUUCAACGUAUAAAGACGUUGCCGUCUCUGACGUGGAUGUGUCUGUCUUCGUCAAAAAGUCAAUCAUUGUGCGUGAGAUGGCCUUUUCAAUUACCAAAGCUCUGAGCCGCUUGGCUAUUGGACACACAAGAGGAGAAUUGACUGUAGCCCAGCUUAUAGGAAGAGGGGCCUCCCUCCAACCACGCGGUUUUCUAUCUUCUUGCGUUGACUGGGGUACCCUCAGGAACGAAAAGAACAAGAUGGCCGCGUACUGCAGGACCACAACAGGCACCUGGCGCUGGUCUGUCCUCGAUCUGAACCAUUGCCUGGUCAAUGAUGACGGUAAUUUAAUGGCACAAGACCAUACGGAGGCUGAAGCCGGCGGCGGACAUACUGCUGAUCACGGCAUAGACCUGAACGACGUGGUCGGGAACGAUAGUGGUGUUUUGUUCUGUGGCCGCCAAGGCUUUCACGGAAACGUGGUCAACACAGAGCAAGUCAGCUGGUGGGGUUUUGACAUUGUGAUUCGUGAGCUUUCCACUUGA